AUGGUGAAAUCAUCACUACCGCCUCCGCCUGUGGAACCACCUGCACCACCACCGCCUGGUAUACCACCUCCGCCUGGGGAACCACCAUCAAACCGCCUCCACCACCACCGCCGGAAGGAUACCACCGGACCUUGUCCGCCUGAUACAUGCGAUCCGUGUCCGCCAUGUCCUGAUCUAUGCAACAACUUCCAGAUGGAUGAUUGUGUCUAUAUCUUAACCUACAAUAACUUCGAUGAUUUUGCUACAAUGUGUCCCACAUUCGUUGCGAAUUUUUAUGCCGACUGGUGUCUUCCCAGCAUGUAUAUGACUCCCGUUUACCAGAGAGUGGCAAAACGAGUGAGUAUUCCGAUGGCGAAGAUUGACGCCGAGAGAAACGGCGCAAUUACCAAUCGUUACCAUUUACAAAAGUAUCCAACUUUGAUGCUCUGGAAAGAUCGCAAGGGACCGUAUCAAUACAUUGGCAAACCCAGUGAAGAAGAGAAAACUGGCGCUGUCUUCUUUUUUUUUGAGGCGGAUAACAAGUCGAACUCGUUCUGUCGUUCUCCUACUCCAAAAGGUGAAGAAUCUCUUAUGACAUCUGCUCUUCCAUCAAGAGCGCUUAUAUUGGUCCAAUUAUCGAAACAUCAGUUUUCGGACAGCCAGAUUAGCCCAAGGCAUAAGGAGCACGUUGGAACUAGAGGCGAAUCUGACGGGGGACCUUAA